CUAGGGGGCGUGGCCACCGGCGGAAACAGGGCGUGGCUUCCGCCGCCAUGAGGCCGCGCGCGCUCCCGCCGCCGCCGCCGGCGCCGCCCGGGGGGAUCCUGAGGCGGGGGGGGCGCGGGGGGGGCCACCGACAGGUGCGGUUCGCGCCCAUCGCGGCUGAGGAGGAGGAUGAUGAGGAGGAGGAGGAUGAGGAGGAUGAAGCAGCCGGGGCUCCGUCCCUGGCCACGCCCACCCCGCACAGCACCCGCGCCGGUCCCGGCGGGGCCGCCCCGGUUCCGUUCGACGCGCCCCGAGCGGCGGCCGCGCUCCUGGGCAGCUCGUGGGCGGCGCGCUCGGCGCUGGGCGGGGCGGCGGCCGCCGCCAUGAACGUGCCGCCGGCCCAGCGCCUGUUCCGCGGGCUCGUCAGCCUGGCCGUGCCGCCGCCGGUACCGGGGCCGCGCAGGGGGGUCCCGCCCGCGCCCCCUCCGCAGGUACCGGGGCCGUGCCUCGCCGUGCUGGCGGGGGGCGUGGCCAACACCGGGGGGGCGGGGCCGUGCCUUCCCCCCCCCGCGCCCCCCGAGCCCCCCCGGGCCCGCCCGCGCCCCCCCGGAGCCGCGUUCGCCAUGUACCGGAAACGGCUGCAGUGGGGAGGGGGAUAACGGGGAGAGACCCUCCCCAAAUUCCCGCUUUUUCACCCCAAAAAAACCCUUUUAUUGCCCCCAAAUUCCCUUUUUUAUCCCCAAUAUCCCUCCCCCCCAAUUCCCCCUUUUCCCCCCAAAAAUCCCCAUUUUCCACCCCCUCCAAAUCCACUUUUUCCACCCCAAAUCCCCCUUUUCUCACCCAAACUCCUCUUUUUUAUCCCCAAAUCCCCUUUUUCCCCUCAAAAUCCCUAUUUGCCCCCCUCAAAUCCCCCUUUUUCCCCCCAAAAUAAUAAAUUUGU